UUUUAGGGUUUUGAGUUGUUGAGCAGGGAAAGGUUAUUGAAGUACUCGAAUGUUUUCUGACUAUUAAAUCGGGAGGGAUUUCAAGGUUUGGUUGGUCAAACGCGGGAUUUACUAUACAAAGACGAAAAAAUUGAUUGAAGAUCGAAAAAUCUAUAAAGCUUUUGAGGUAUUGGAAUCAUGGUUGCUCCCGAAACUGAAGAGGUUGGGUUUAAGCACACUGUCAUGUCAGCUAGUGAUUAUAAUGUAAUUGUGCCUAUCAAGAAGAGGAGAUUUACUAUAGUCCAAUCUUCUCCAUCGUCUCCACACAAAGAAUUAUCUUCUCUUUCACUAGAUGAUAACUUAGUAAAAGUAGCAGAACCCGGUAUAUCUGAUGGUAUAACAGUUUCGAGUUCUGUUACAAUCACAACUUCUGAAUUAUCUGAAAAGAAGGAGAUUUCUUUUUCCGAGGAAAGUGAACGAAAAGUUGAUUUAUGCAAUUCAAAUAGGGUCCAGAGCAAUAUUGAACCCUCCGGAGUCAGGUUUCAGGAAGAUGAUGCUUGUUUUAAUCAUCAAGUGGAAAAUAAAGCUAUGAAUGUAGAGAAUGAAAAGCAUGCACUUCAUCUGCUUGAGAAACCUGAGUUAAAGUUACCAACAUCUGAUCCUAAUUCUAAACUUGGACUUUGUGCUAAUAAGAAAAGAGUUGGAAUUGACAGAAAAGAACUUGAAAAGUGCAAAUCUUUAACUUCUCUAGUUAAAACAGAAGCUGAAUUAUCAGUAGGCUUGAAUGAACGUCUCGUUCCAGACUUGGUUGUAAAAGGGAGUGACAGGAAGUGGCAAAAGCAGAAUAAUUUAGAACCAGUGUCACUGAACCUAAGCUUAAGCAAGCAAGGAAGUUAUACCCAGUGUCUCACUAGCAAUGUAGGGUCUGAUUAUGAUGGUUCUCUUCAGCAGUCAAAUAGGGGAAAUUGGGAUCUCAAUACCUCAAUGGAAUCAUGGGAAGGCUGUGCAAGUGAUGAUCCUUCAGUGCAGGUUCCAGUUGUUCAGACAAACACAAUUGUCACUACACAUAGAUGCUCAACUGAAAUGGUUAGAGCAGAUAUUUCGUCAGGAAAACCAACCCCUUUAGAUCAAAGUGAUUAUCUUCAUCUAAGUCUCAAUUCAUCUGAUCUUAGGCCUGUAACGAAGCAAGAACAAAUUUCAUCUGUUAAACUAGACUUUAGGAGUACUGAUUCUUCUUUAAGCUCACCAGGCAAUAUGCAGUUUGAUGAUCUUAAUGUUGCACUUAAAGUUGUAAAGGCAGAACCAUUUGUUAAGGGCUCCGAACUGGAGUCUAAAAGCAAUGAAGUUAAAGGAUUGGGAUUAUCAGGCGAUGCUUUAAUGAAUGGUGAAUUAGAUGAUCAAUGCAAUCUUGAACUCCCCAAGGCUUCAAAUAUUUGUAGUCCGAUGAACAUAGUCAAGGCUAAAUCUUUUAAAUCUGAACCAGUAUAUGAAAGCAAAAAGGAAGCACUUGAGAUGUUAGGGGGUAGAUUAAAUUUGAUAUCUAAGCAAGUUCUUCCGGAUGUAGAUAAUUCUUGUCCUAUAGCGGUGCCUGUAGUGGCAGAGAUGUCGGAGGCAGCCAGAAAUCCUUCUUGUUCAACUUAUUUGGCUACAGAUGGUGACAUGUUGAACCAUUCAGAAUUGCCAACUCCUACUAAAGGAAAUCUUAAUGAAUGUGGUGGUGGACUUGUCAACUCAGAAAAGACUGAUAUAACUAAGGAUCCGGGUUUGGGAGAUUCAAGUAUUUCUAUUGCAAAACCAUUCAAUGCUGAAGAUGAGAAUCAGAAUAAUCCUAAGUGGUGUCUUUUGAAACUCUCGAAUGAGCAGUGCUCUGGUUUACAGGGAGGUGAGGAAAGUUCUGUAAGUGAUGAGGAAAAGAUUAGUUUAUCAGCUGAUAUAUUAGAAGAAUAUCCUUAUAGUUCUGAAUAUGAAUCAGAUGGCAAGCAGGAUGUAGAUGGGGCCAUGGCUGAAGUUCAUAAUGAUAUCGAAGAAGAUUAUGAAGAUGGGGAGGUUCGGGAACCAUUAUUAAAGACUCAAGUAGAAAGCAGCGUAUGUGUGAAAAGAGAAGUUGAAAACUUUGAUCAUGGUGAUUUUAGUAAGGAUAAGAAGAUUAAUUCUGUCGGAUUGCCUGGUACUGAUUUUUCCACUCUGAUUUCUGUUAAGCAGGAAAAUAAAUUAGAAAGUCACGAUGUUAGACAAGAAGACAAAUUUCAUAGUGUAACUACCAAUCAAUCUUCUGAGCAAGAAAAAGAUGAAGCUUCUUACUUGAAAGAAAUACUUGUUGAAGAGAAUGCCUCUAACAAGGUUAUAAAAGCCACAGGUAGAAGGCAAUUGUUUCAUUGUGAGGAAAGAGACGCCUUAGAGGACCAGAACUCUUCUGACAAAGCCACAGAUGGAAUUGAAGAACCAAUUGUGACAGUUUCUCAGGGUGAUGCAGAGAAUGUUAAAACAGUAGAUUUUGUGCGAAACAAUGAUCCAGUUUUGCCAAAUGUUAAAGAGCCUGUAAAUAAUGAUGAUGCAACUGAUGAUUUUAUUCAUGGCAGCAGACAUAUUAAUCCGUGUCAUGGUUCUACUUCUUCAUCUCCUAGUAAAACAAGAUCUAAUUCAUUGAGGUCAGUUUUAACACGAACUGACAGAGAACAAAUACUCGACGUAGCGCUGGAAGGGGGAAAAUUACAACCUCAAGGAAGAGAUGACAGAUACAGUGGCGUUUCCCAGAAAAUUUAUGUGAAUAGACACCAGAAUCUGUCACCCCAAACGAAUUUUCAUAGAAGAGAGAGAUUCACUAUCCGGACAGACUCUCUACAAGGUGAAUGGGAUUUUAAUCCAACAGUUUCUCCAGGAAUUUACAGUGAUCAAAUACCAUACGAUGCCCCCAGACGUAAAUACUUGUCUGCUGUUUCUGACGAUGACAUCGAUCAAAACCAUUAUAAAAUCAAACCCAAUGGCCCGUUUCGUAGUGCUGGUCGUCAAGGUAGACAAAUAUUAGAUGACGAAGGCCCCCCCUACUGCCAUAUACCCUCUAGGAGGAAGUCACCUGGUAUAAGAGAUGGUCCUCCAGUACGAGGUGUUAAAAUGGUACACAGAAUGCCUAGAAAUAUUAGUCCAAGUGGAUGCAUUCGCGAAGCUGGUUCCGAAUUGGUUGGACCACGACAUGGUGAAAAGUUUAUGAGAACUUUUGAAGACGAGACCAUGGAUCCAAUCUAUGCACACCCUCAACCUCCAUACGAAGUAGAUCGGCCUCCUUUUAUCCGAGAACGAAGGAACUUUACUAUCCAAAGAAAAACUUUUCCCAGAAUUGAUUCUAAAUCUCCAGGAAGGUCUAGAGGACGCUCUCCUGGCCAAUGGGUUCCAGGCAAAAGAAAGUCUUAUAGAUUUUGUGGGCAUUUAGGAAUGACACGUCGAAGUUCACCAGGUUAUAGGGGGGACAGGAUGAGAUCUCCUGAUCAGCCUCCUCCUAUCCAUGGAGAUAUGCCAGUUCGUAGACAUGGUUUCCCUUUUUCUCCACUGCCAUCCAGUGAUUUGAGGGAUAUGCGUUCUGCUCCGGACCAAGGCCAUAUGAGAUCAGAUAUUCGAUGUAGGAAUCGAUCUGACCGAUUGUCCUUUAGAAACAGGAGGUUUGAAAUUAUGGAUCCUCGAGAUAGGAUAGAGAGCAGUGAGUACUUUGAUGGGCCUAGUCAAUUGAACGAACUGUCCGGUGAUGGCAACGAUGACGACCGAAGAAGGUUUUCUGACAGACAUGAACAUCUUCACUCAUUCAGACCUCAAUAUAAUGAUUCUGAUGGUGAGAAUUAUCAUAACAAUGCGGAGGAUAGCCGCAGGCCUUUCAGAUUCUGUGCAGAGGACGGACCUCCAGAGUUUCAUGAAAGAGGUAACAUGAGGGAGAGGGAGUUCAAUAGACGUGUAAAGAACCAACCAGGAAAUCUAACUAGACGAACUGGGGUGGUAAUCGAAGAGCAUGAAGUAGAAGAUUACAGGCAUGGUCGGCAGAUGUGGAAUGAUCAUGGCUUUGAAGAUAUCUCACGAAUGAAAAGAAAAAGAUUUUGAAUUCGCCUCUGGUUAUAAUCUGCUGGUUUAUAGUUCUAAACUCAUUAGAUUUGUGCAAUUCUGAAGCCAGGUGAAUGGUGAUUCACUUACUUUCUGAUAAGUUAGUUCUUAUUGGAAAGGUGAUUUCUUCUGCAGUUUCGGUGAAGUUGCUUCUGCUUGGAUUAUGGUCAUUGGUCACUUCAAUAUAUGGCUGCUUCACAUUUUGACUUUCUCCA